AUCCAGCUUCCAGAAUAACUUUUAUUCUUCGAUACUAUCUCUAUCUUCAGCUCAACUUUGCUAAAUAUCUGUACAUUCCGACAUAGACAUUCACAGUCUGGCCCCACCCAAAGCACCUUCAAAGGGACAGCACGCUUUGGUGCGUCCGCCUUCAGAUAAAACCAAGACACUUACACUGAAGAUGUGCUUGAUAAGUCUGUGUGUGCUGACUGGCUGAGGACAUCAUUUGGGUAUUUGAGGGAUUCUCGACUGUAGUUUAGUAACGUUAUAGAAAAAUAGAUAUAACUUAAUUAGAAUUGCAAAAAUGACGGAAGAUCAUGACUGGGACGAAGAUUUGGAAGAAGCAGACGCCGCGAUAGCAAGAGUCUUCCAGCACUUGAAUGUCCACAAACAGCAUACUGAUGAAUCAGGUCGUAAUUCUGAAGUACGGCCAUCAAAUGAAAGAGUGGACUUCGUUGCAUUGCCCUGUGGUCAUCGAAUGCCGACAGACUAUGUUGUUGCUUGGUUCAAGUAUUAUCUUAAACAGAAAAAGACUGCGUUUUCUUGUCCUCGCAAAUCCUGCAGUGUGAAUCUCUCUUAUCAGGACAUCUGUCAGCUGAUCCCACUGACAGACAAACAAAGGGAAUUCCUUGAGGAGAAUCUCGCUCUACUUGUUGCUAGAAGACUGUUUGACUUUAAAGCCUGUCCUGGAUGUCAGUCUAACGUGGAAAGACGAGAUCGAGGUAACCUGUGUGUAAACUGCACUAUCUGCACGGCCAACCUGAAACGAAAUUACUACUUCUGCUGGAACUGCCGCAGGGAAUGGAAGGGGCCGACCAAUAAUGCUGUGCGGUGUGAAAAUAAUAACUGUGGACAGAGAGUGAGAACUUCAGAUCCACUUACACCAUGCACGCCUGAGUUUAAAAAGAAAAUGCUUCAAGAAAUGGGAGAUGAUAUAUACCCAGUAAAAGACAAAUCCACGGACAGGAAACGUUUGGCACUGCUUAUCAACAAUGUCGAAUUUAGAAACUUAAAUGACAGGGCUGGGGCAGACAAGGAUGAGGUGAAUAUGGAGGUGCUGCUUAAAGCUCUGGGUUACACUGUGAUCACACUCAGAGACCUCAGUGCACAGGGUAUGCAUGCUGCCUUGCGAGACUUCGCCCAACGAGAGGAACACGCUAAAUCGGACAGCUGCUUUGUGGUGUUGAUGUCCCAUGGAGACGCCCGUGGAAUCUGUGGGGUUUUUGACUCUUUCGAUAAUGAAGAUGAAGAGGACGUUCUUCAAGCAGAUGAAAUUUUUAAUAGCUUGAACACUCCGAACUGUGCUGGAUUGCUGGACAAGCCAAAAAUCAUCCUCAUCCAGGCGUGUAGGGGUGAGCCUCAUCCAUUUCAAGCACCAAUCUUUGCCAAAUGCCCUCAUAUUAUAGAUGAAGAAGGCAGUGUGUAUGUCCAGGACGCUGUGCCGACACGCAAAAGAGCAAAAGAGCACCGUGAAAAAGACUUCUGCUGCCUGAGAUCCUGUACUCCAGAUACUGUGUCCUACAGAAACCAAGAGAGAGGCUCACAUUUCAUCCAAAACAUUGUGGAAAUAUUUAAUCAGGAUGCCCACCAGGACGACAUCGAGGAGCUCUUCAGAAAGGUCAUUAAGAAGUUUAAGAUGUUGCAUCCUUGUCAGAUGCCAUGCAAGGAAAGAGCAACAUUAUCUAAGAGAUUCUACCUCUUCCCUGGCUUGUAGGACACAGGAACCACAACUUCUGACUUCAUUGACAUGAGUUAUGCGCCUCUUUAUUGUCAUCUCAGGAAUUCAUGUUUGCAGAAAACAAUGAUUUUGCACGUUCAUAUAAUCCUUGAUUGAAAGUAAACAGAUUUAGCUUGUCAUCCAGCUUGAAACUUGACUUAUAAAAAUAAUAUUUUACAAAUAAAGUUAAAAACAGUUGAUGAAAAGAUGGGCAAACUAAUGAGCUAGUUCUGUUAUACUUAAGUAAUGUUCUCCAUGUUAAACUAUACUAUUUUCCUACAAUUUAUUUGAAAAGAAAAAAGAGGAUUCCCAUAUUGAAAUAUGAGCAUCAAAUCAAGAAAAUAAAUGUGGAUGUACUUUACUGUGAACAUGAUGUUUUAAAUCUUUAUUCAUUUUA